AUGAAUAGCAAUCAGAAAAGAUUAUAUCCCUUCGAUUCACCGACAGCUACUUCAAUGUUAGCAUCAGUCAUCGAGGAACCCUACUUCACUGCGUCUGACGUUCCAUUGUAUAAGAAGAUGUCUUUGGCUUCGUCCAACAUAAACAAUACGCCAAACACAGCACUAAGUAGUUUUAAAAUGCCUAAUACCAAAAUUGUAACAAGACCAGCAUCUCCCGUAUCUUUAUUGGAUGUUAAUUCGGCAUAUAAUAAUCAGUCACUUGACACAUUCAAGAAACCUCCCGUUUCUCCGGGAAUCAGAGGAAGAAGACAGAUGAAGAACUUGCAAUUAGUUGUGCCUCCCGUUCGCUCUUCCAUCUCCGCUCCGAGUUCUCCUCAACUUCCUCAACAGACGAAACAAGCGGCUCACGGUCACAACAGACGUCCGUCGACUCCAAUUUGCAUCUAUCAGAAUAAAACCGGUGAAUCGCAUUCUAACCCGUCUGCUGAUCCCAUGGUAUUGAUUUCUAGAACUGAGAAUGCAAUCGCUGAAGAACUGCCAUACAAGGACGAGCCGAUCUGUAUAUUACCUCAUUUUUACUUAGGCUCUGAAUUGAACGCAGCAAAUCGCGAAAUGCUCAACAGACUCAAUGUCGAAUACAUUCUUAAUGUUGCGAUGGAAGUACCAAAUCCCUAUAUGAUGGACAUUAUAAAUAAUCAGAAGAACUCGCAAUAUCUCCAGUGCCAGUCAAUAUCACCCGGAUUAUCGUCUUCUUCCUCUAUAUCAUCAGAUUCGAGCUAUCGAACUGCAGUCACGUCUCCGAUAGCACCCGCAAUACACGCCAGCUCUCCACUACCGAGUGAUGCGUCAUGUAACAGAUCAAACUCGUUAAUCAAACAAUCACCAUCGCGACCAAGCUCACUCUCAGCAAACUUGCAAUCACCAGACGGUCCAAUGGGAUCAGGCGUUCCGCUGACAGUUCCAGCCACAGAUGAAUUCAAGGCGAUGAAGUAUAAGAAAUACUUUUGGACUCAUAAUCAAGACAACUUGAUUUCUGACUUUGAACACGCGUUUGCAUACAUUGACGAGGCACGCUCAGCCGGACGCAAUAUACUUGUCCACUGUCAGUGUGGAGUGUCACGUUCAGCGUCACUAGUCAUUGCUUAUGUCAUGAAGACUAAUCGUAUGACACUUAACCAAGCCUACGAAUUUGUCAAAGAUCGGAGUCCAUAUAUCAGCCCCAACAUGAGUCUAGUCUAUCAACUGGUCGAUUUUGAGAAAACUUUAAAACUCAAUAACACUGCUGCACCGCAGCCUUCAGAGUCGCGCAAAAGUCAUUCCCGCAAUUCGAGCAUCGAAAGCGAUCUUUUACUCAAGGGCCAUCGGAGGAGUAAUAGUUUGAGCAGACCCAACUCUAUUAUAGUUGAUUCUCCCCCACGUACUCCGCUGAUAAUUUCAUCCGAAUCGUUACAGCCGUUCUCUCCGAACGUAGGUCAGCAAACAACAAUCAAGGGUGAUUCAGGUCGAUUCCAUGUAAUAACUGCGACGUCGCUAUCGACACCGACGACUCCGUCACCAGCGACACCGUCGCCAGUGACUCCAUCGACCGCAUCGACGCUGUCGCCAAGUACCCCGUCAACGGGUCGGUCGCGACGAUCAUCACGUCCACCGCCAUUGUCGAACAAGCAGAGCUCUUCGUCGCUUAGUGCAAAAUCUCCGAAUCGGACGGCUACAACGCCUCUAAGUCCUAGUUUUCCUCAGAAUAGCACUCCGAUGGUAAUGGAUUUUCCGCAAUUUGGACAAGAUCCGAUGUUUGGGUUUAGUUAUCAAAAUGGGGAUGUAAGCAACGUUACAGGGGUGAUGGUUGGUGGAAAUGUGGCUGCCGAGAUGUUUAGCAAGCAGACGCUUGAUAGUAUAUUUUCACCGACAAGGGCUUCGCCUCCUGUUACUGUGACAAAAUUCAGCGAUUUGUGGUCUGAUGAUGAGUAA